AUGUCCGACACAUCAUCAUCCAGCUCGUCCUCCUCAGAGGCAGGAGUAGACCAAGCGGCGAACCACCAGCAAUAUCGACUACGAGUGACAGCCGGGCCAUCACACGACCCAGCGACACAUAAACUGGUGCCGGUGAACGCAGACGAGACACUGACCUUUGAGAACGAGCACAUGAUCCUAUCGCUGGCGGUGCGCAUCCGACGAUUCACAGGCUUUCCCGACGACUCGCCCGAGACAUCAGCAUACUUUGAGCACGACCUGCACAAACACGACCAAUACUCGAUCGCAUUCUCGUUUGUGCCCAAAGUCGAUAUCCCCGGCAGCGACUUGAUUUUCGGUAACGACUUCGACCGGCCGAUCCGCGACCGUCUGCCGCCGGGGUUUAACCAGGCAUUUCGGAUCGUGAAGUGGUGGAUCGACCCGGGCCUCGAGGGCGACGUCUACGCCGACAAGCCGUACUUGUUCGGUCCGGCGCUGAGCAGUUGGAACAUCUUGCGCAUUGGUGACAAAGUGAUAGACGAAACCAAAGAGGAGGGAGAGGAAGACAAUACUCAUGAUGCCGACAACAACGACAAGAACAGGAGUAGCGCCUGGAAAAUCCCCAAUGCCACUUCGUUCCACGAGACCGUCGUGGAAGAAGGUGGCGAGGGCUCCGGCGACCAGCUUCGCAAGGACGCAGGCAUUCCCGACACCUCAGCCGCGCGCAAAAAGUAUUUUUUGAAUCCUGCCAAUCGCGACAAUUUUGUCUUCGAGGCAGGCCGGCUGUAUCAGGCCGACUUUGGCAAUCCGUAUCUCGACUUCAAUGAUUUCUCCCUCAAGUUGCCGGGCUUCAGUCUGAAUGUUAUUGGGUACGUCGAUUCAAAAACCCACGAGCUGCGGUAUACUUUGAAAAACAAGUCCACCGACGAAAUCUACGCCGUCGUGCUUUUUACGUUGCUCUUUGGCGACGAGUUGGACCAGACCGAAGCGAAAGAAGGUACCGCCUCUACCGAGAAGACAGACGGAAUAGAAGACCGACUCGGAACACUCGAAAUUAAUGACAAAAAUAAUGACAGCGACAAUGACGAUAAUGAUGAAGAUGAUGGAGGGGUGGAUUGA